AUGGACCCCGCCGACCUACACAGCAAGAAGCGCAAGAGGAAGCAUAGCAGCUCUAAAUCUGAGAAGGAAGAAGCUGUUGUUGUGACGAAUGGCUCCAGCCCCGCACCAGAAGAAGUCGAUGUUGUGGUGAAGAAGAAGCGGUCCAAGGAGGAGAAGGCUCUGAAGAAGGCCAAGAAGGCCAAGAAGGCCCAUAAGGCUGCGGAGGAGGAGGAGAUUGUCGACGAAGAAGUGGUCCUGGAGAAACCUAACGAGGAUGCCGAGGAUGCUGUUCCAGAAGCAGAUGAAGCUGCCGAUGCGCAAUGGGAGAACGAGGAUGCAGAGGGCCUAGGAGAUGGAUCCGCAGACCUGGCCGAAGGAGCAUUGGCAGAUGCAAAGAACCUCUCGUUACCGGAUACUGGCGUCCAAGCGAAGAAGUUCAGUGAACUGAAUCUGUCGGAGAAGACUAUGAAAGCGAUCGAGGAAAUGAAGUUUGAGACCAUGACCGAGAUCCAACAACGAGGAAUACCACCUUUGCUGGCCGGAAGAGAUGUGCUGGGAGCUGCAAAGACUGGUUCUGGGAAAACACUGGCUUUCUUGAUUCCUGCCAUUGAGAUGCUCAAUGCGCUGCGGUUCAAACCUCGAAAUGGAACUGGUAUUAUUAUUGUUUCUCCCACGAGAGAAUUGGCUCUUCAGAUUUUCGGAGUCGCUAGGGAACUCAUGUCGCACCACUCUCAAACCUAUGGGAUAGUAAUUGGAGGCGCAAACCGACGGGCGGAGGCUGAGAAGCUCGCGAAGGGUGUCAAUCUGAUUGUGGCGACACCUGGCCGACUUCUCGAUCAUUUACAGAACACCCAAGGAUUCGUGUUCAAGAAUUUGAAAGCUUUGAUUAUCGAUGAGGCAGACAGAAUUCUAGAGAUUGGUUUCGAGGAUGAAAUGAGACAAAUUGUGAAGAUCCUACCAAAGAAUGAUAGGCAAACCAUGCUGUUCUCAGCAACACAAACGACCAAAGUCGAGGACUUGGCCAGAAUCUCCCUCCGAGCUGGACCCCUGUAUAUAAACGUCGACAACCAAAAGGAACACAGCACUGUCGAAGGUCUCGAGCAAGGAUACGUCGUCUGCGACGAAGACAAGCGCUUCCUUCUCCUAUUCUCAUUCCUCAAACGCAACCUGAAGAAGAAAGUAAUUGUCUUCCUCUCAAGUUGCGCUUGUGUGAAGUACUACGCCGAACUCCUCAAUUACAUCGACCUACCGGUUUUAGAUCUUCACGGCAAGCAGAAGCAACAGAAACGUACCAACACUUUUUUCGAAUUCAUUAAUGCCAAGCAAGGUACUCUUAUUUGUACUGAUGUUGCUGCGAGAGGAUUAGAUAUCCCGGCCGUUGACUGGAUCGUACAAUUCGAUCCUCCUGAUGACCCUCGCGACUACAUCCACCGGGUUGGUCGUACAGCCCGUGGCUCUAAUGGCAAAGGUCGAUCCCUGAUGUUCCUGCAACCGUCCGAAGUAGGAUUUCUCGCCCAUCUCAAAACAGCACGAGUUCCGGUUGUCGAGUUCGAUUUCCCCGCCAAGAAGAUCGUAAACGUACAAUCGCAGCUCGAGAAACUGAUUAGCCAGAACUACUACCUGAACAAGAGCGCCAAGGACGGGUACAGGAGCUACUUGCAGGCGUACUCGAGCCAUAGCUUGAGGACGAUCUUUGAUGUGCACAAGUUGGAUUUGGUGAAGGUGGCGAAGAGCUUUGGGUUCAGUGCGCCGCCGAGAGUGGAUUUGACAUUGGGUGCGAGUAUGAGUAGGGAUAAGAAGACACAAGGGAGGAGGGCGUAUGGAAGUCAGCCGAAGCAGGGUGGAAGCUUCAAGAAAAGGGGCACGUAUUAA